AUGGAGUUCGCGGAAAACGGUGACCUGUUCACACACUUACGUAAUACGGUGAUGAAGGAGUCACAAAUUCGUUCGUGGUUAGUGCAGAUUCUGUGGGCGUUCAUGUACAUGCACAGUAUGGGCGUAGUGCACAGGGACCUAAAGUGCGAGAACAUACUACUGACCAGCAACUACAAUGUGCGCAUAGCCGACUUCGGGUUCGCCAGGUUCGUGGACCGCGGACGGAAUCCUGGCGCAGACACGCUGUGCGGCACGUUGACCUACUCUUCGCCUGAGCUCUUGUACGGCAAGCGACCUUACAACCCAGUGUUUUCGGACGUGUGGGCAAUCGGUGUCGUGUUGUUCAUGAUGGCCAACAACAAGGCACCGUUCCGCGACAAGACCAAGGAAGAGAUACACAGAAAACAGGUGAGCAGUGUUGUGAUGUAUAUGAAUAAAAACGAGUGGGAAAACGGGUACAUACCGCUCAGCUGUGCAUUAGGCGUCAAGUGGGUCGCUGCAAUGGCCGUGUUAAAUUUGAAUUGA